AGCGGGACAAAGGUGUCAAGUUAAGUGUCAAAGUGUGCCAAAUGCGAAACUUUGUGCCCAGAAAAGAGGGCCAGAUAAGCGAGCCGUUCUGCACUAUCCGAUACGACGGUGAACCUGUCUCCACCUCAAAGAUUGCGUACCGGGAGGUGCCUAUAUGGAACGAGCGGUUUACGUUUAUGGUGCACAAGCCAGUGGAGGCUGAUCCAUGGGACAGGGCGUACAAAGAAAAGACCCAACAGCCGCCAUUCAACUCCAGAGAUCUGCUGCAUCCCCUGCACAUCCGAGUGUUCGACUAUGACUUGUUCCGCGGGGAAGUGUUCCUAGGCACGGUGAUCGUUCCCUUAGACACACUGCCUGCCAACAACACCCGCGCAGACUGGUACACACUUUUGACCCCAACGGGAGGGGCUGCGUCUGGGGCGCAGAACAUGGCCCUGCGCCUAGAGCUCUCUCUGGUCAUGAACGAGAGCGAUGCAAAGACCUGGAGCCGCGUCACACUCGAGAGAGCAGAGAUUAAGAAACGUUCAGAGGGUGGGGGUGGUAUGGUCACUACCCCCAAGGCCGGUCGUGCCCAGCCAGACAACCUCGGCAGCAGCUCGACACACACCUCUCCUAUUGUGGGCGAGAGGGAUAGGUUUAGGUGA